CUCUGCAUAAUCGAAUCGGCAGAUUGUUUCUGCCGAGGAAUGUGACAGGCACCUGUGAGGUGAGCCGACACCAGGGGAGAGAUGACCGGGCAGACGGAAGAUGAUAUACCUGAAACAGGAGCAAUCUUCACCUUUGGGAAGAGCAAGUUUGCUGAUAAUGUGCCCAGUAAAUUCUGGCUGAAGAAUGACCAUCCAGAAGAAAUCUCGUGUGGGGGUGAUCACACUGCUGUCGUAACAGGCCAUAGCAGGCUGUUCAUGUUUGGAAGUAAUACCUGCGGUCAGCUAGGACUGGGGUUAAAGAUCAACGUCAACAUCAACAAGCCCACUGCUGUGAAAGUGUUGAAGACAGAAAAAGUGAAGUUUGCAGCAUGUGGAAGGGACCACACAAUCGUGUGCACAUGGAGUGGGCAGGUUUAUGGUGCUGGCAGUAACCAGGAGGGGCAGCUUGGUUUGGGACACUGUGAUGACACAAACACCUUCCACCUGAUUCAUCCCUUCUCUGACCACGCACCAAUCAAAAUGCUCGCUGCUGGCUGCAACACCUCAGCUGCUCUGACAGAGGAAGGCAGGCUGUUCAUGUGGGGUGAUAACUCGGUUGGCCAGAUCGGUCUGGGGGCAGAGAGCUACGCCUCAGAGCCUAGAGAGGUGAUGGUGGGGCAGUCAGUGGCCUGGGUGUCCUGUGGAUACCACCACUCAGCGUUCGUCACAGUGGACGGGGACCUCUACACGUUUGGGGAGAGUCGGAACGGAAGGCUUGGUCUAUUCCGUGACCAGCUGGCCAAUCACAGAGUCCCUCAGCAGGUGGAUGGCAUCCAGGACCCAGUCAUCCAAGUGUCCUGUGGAGGGGAGCACACAGUGGCACUCACAAAGGAGGAUGUGUACACGUUUGGGCGGGGUCAGCAUGGUCAGCUGGGCCACGGGACCUUCCUUUUCGAAGCACCUUUGCCCAAAGCACUGGUCCACUUCCGGAACGGCAGAGUCAGUCACGUCACCUGUGGAGAGAACCACACCGCUGUGAUCACAGACAGUGGGAUUCUGUACACCUUUGGGGAUGGUCGCCAUGGUAAACUAGGACUGGGGGAAGAGAACUUCACCAACCAGUUCAGACCAACACUGUGCCCACGCUUUCUCAAAUACAGUAUCCAGUCAGUGGCAGGUGGCAGCUCUCACAUGCUGGUGCUGGCUAUGCCCAGACCCCCAGAGGUUGAGGAAGUGGUGAUAGAGGAAGAUGAUGUCACAGAGACCAUUCUGGAGACUCUGGAAACCUACACUGAGCUGCUCUUGAUGGAUCCCUCCCUCCUGAUGUCCAACCCACCGACUGCACCUCCUCUCUGGACCCUGUCUGCUAGGGCCCGCCGCAGGGAGAGGGAGUGUUCUCCAGAGCAGUUUGGCCAGAUGUUCCGUAACCUUCCUCCUCUGAUGUCUGGCUUCUUCAACACCUCCCUUCCUGUGUCCAGGAACAUCCACAUCUCCAGAACACCAUGUAAAGACCCCUCCACCUCCUCACUGUCCUCCAAUCCCUCCUCAAACAACACCCCCAGUCCCUCUCUGUCACUCAAACCCAGAGGCAAACCCCCUUUAACACCAUCACGGGCACCCCAAUUCACAUUCCCAGACCCUCCCAGCCCUUCACUCUCCUCAAAGUCCAGCCCUAAGAAGAAGAAGCCCACCCUGUCAAAAUCACCAAAAUCCACAUCUAAAGAACCCAUUAGCCCCUCACGGUCCUUCAAAUCCAUGCCUAAACUCAUCCCCGACCCCACACUGUCCCCUAAAACCCCCUUUAAAAAGCCCACAGAUUACAACCAAUCCCCCAAAACGCUGUCUAAGGUGCACCCAAGCCCUUCUCGGAGUCCCACCUCACCACAGACAGAGAGGAACGAGGACACAGUGCCAGAAGCCCCUGACAGCCUGAUGCUCAUUGAGAAUAUGGAGGAUGAAAAGGACACGUUGUCAAACCUGGCAUCACUAUCGAGAGGAGAUUCUGGCGAUGAGACUGGGACUACAUCUACAGAGCAGAAGGAUAAGGGACAUAAAAAGGGUAAGGCUCUUUGGAGAGCUGUGAAGGAGGCAGAGAGGGAAGUUAAACAAACCCUGACCAACAGGAAGGAGGAGCUACCUUCCCAUAAAGCCCUUCCCACCGAGCUCCAGAGAGGUUCCAGUCUGAGUUUGUUGAAGGCAGAGGCCAUGCCCUCAAAGAGUCCCAAACCACUGAAGACCCCUCAGACCCCCCAAACCCCAGCCAGGGGCAAGGARAACAUCACUUUGACAACAGAAAAGGCUGGCCUUAAAGUGAAAACCAGUAAACUAGAGAGCAAUCUUCAAAGCACAGGUAAAGCAGGGUCUAAGCUAAGUACAUCUGCAAGGAAACAAAGCAAGUUAUCUGUAUCGAAACCUAGCACUCCUAAACACAGUCAGAUCCAGAUAUCUGUGUCUAAACCCAGCACUCCAAAGCAUGGUCAAAGGAAGCUGUCUGAGGUGAAUAAAGGUACAGAGAUGAAAGGUAAAGGCCCUGUAAAGAUCAGACGUAAGGAGGCCGAGGCGACCAGCACUCCCAUCAAAACUAAACGUUUGGAGUCCAAAGACAAGAAAUCAAAAAUUGCAGAGGAAGAUACUAAAACUAUUGAAGUUCAAAAUAAACCACUUCAAGGGGUCAAGUCCACUCCAGUCAAAGUUAAAGGUAAACAAUUAGAGGUCAAAUCCACCUCUGUGAAAAGUAACAUUCAAGAGGCCAAAUCCUCUACAGUCAAAGUUAAAGGUAAACCUGUGGAAAAGGAGCCAAUUCCAAUUAAAACUGUGGCUGAAAGCACUCCUUUGAAUGUAAAGAGGAUUCCUAAGGAGGUAGUAGAUAAUAACAAACCAUCUGAAGGUAAAAACACUCCAAUAAAGGGACAAAGGAAGGAAAAAGAGGUGAAUGAACAAAAGACUGGAGAGUCUAUUACUCUCAAAGAGUCAGGGACAACAGAGGGGAACAACGUGGCAGAUGAAGGCAAAGGCAAAGUCACAGAAACAAAAAGUGCACCCACCAAAACAAAAAAUGUGCCUAAACCUGAAGAGGUUAUUAAAGCUAAAUUGACUGAGUUGAAUGGAACCCCGGUGAAACUGAAAAGCAAGCCAACAGAGGUUUCCAGCCAACCAAUCUUAGUAGAACCUACCUCAAAGGCCAAAUCACCAUCUGCAUCACUGUCAUUAUCAGAUGCAAUGCCUCAAAAUGCUUGGGAUAAGAAGUCAGCGAAGUCUGAGCUUAGAGAGCCACUGGCUGUCUCACAGGUCAAAGAUAGAGUGGCGGUCCCAGGGAAAGAUACCAUUGGUGAAUCCCAGGAGGGGGAGCCUGGCUGGGGAGGAUUUCUCAGCGAUGCAGCCUCUCUCCUUCCAGCCGUGGGGGUGGCAGGCGUAGCCAUGGGGGUCUUGAGUGAGGCGGUGACAAGUGUGAGGGGGUUUCAGUCAGAGAGUGACACAGCCACUUCUAUCCCUCCUCGGCGGUCCAGCCAGGUAGAGAGGUUCACCAAACAGAGCGCCAUCACCCAGCCUUCCUCCUCCUCCUCUUCAAUAUCAGAUCCCAGUGCAGUAGCGCAAAGAAACAGGACCGCCAUCCGCAUCAGUGUUCUCGGGAAUUCUGAUCAGGAAGCAGGGAGCAGGAGUUCUGAGAAGAACCCAGACACCACAGAGGCUGCUAGUGACAGGUCGGGAGGUCAGGCCGACGUUGACGACGAUGAGAACACUAGUAGAGGUCAAAGGUCAGAGGCUGAGGAUGAUGAACAUGAAGAUUUCACAAAGAGACAGGGAGAGGAGGAUGACAGGAGUAGUAAGGGUCUGGAAGAAGAGAAGGAGGAUGACAGGAGUAGUAAGGGUCUGGAAGAGAGCAGUGAACAGAACGAAGGGGGAGAAGCAGAAGACAGUGAUUCUGUGGCCAGCAGAGAAGUAGAGGAGGAUAGAGAAGAGAAGAGUGAAGAGAGCCAGGGCGCGGAGGGCGAGGAGAGCAAAGAGAGUGAUUCUGAGGGGACAGGAGAGGGGGAGGAGAGCAAAGAGAGAGAAGAGGAAGAGGAAGCAGUUGAGGGUGAGGAAGAAGAGGAUGAAAAUGAAGGUGAAGAGGAGAACGGUCAGGUCGAAGAGGAGGGAGGAGAGGAUGAUGAGGCAGAGGAGGAAGAUGAAGAGGAGGGAGAGGAAGAGGAGGAAGAAGAUGAACAGGAAGAGGAGGCGGAAGAAGAGGAGGAAGAGAUCAAAUCUGCAAAAGGGAAAAAGAAAGGCUCACAAAGCGUACCACCUAAAGCAGCUCCCCCCAGCAGGAAAGGGAUGGAAGAUCCCCCGAGGGAGAAACCCAAACCAGCGGCCCGUACCAAACAGAGGACCACAGGGGGGAAACAGGCCAAAAGUACCCAAGAAUCCCAACAGUUCUGGAAUAAUGUCUUACCCCAGUACCUGGAGCUGAAGUGAGACAUUCUGGACCUCAAUGGUUCCAAAUCCUUUAUGGAUCAGAACCCAAACCUGCCUGUUAACAGUGGCUAGAAGGAUUCUGGACCUGAGAAACCUGAGUCAUAAGACUAACACAUUACAGGUGUUUGAGAACCUCUGUGUGGAUGUGUGCUUGUACUUUCUAUUAUGUCACUUAUCCACAGUUGUGACCCCCCCCCCCCAAAAAAAUUAUAUGUAUUUAUUUAUUGGGAGUUUUCUUUGCACAAACUGUAUCUUUUUAUUCUCAUGAAUGCGUAGUUUGUUCUUGUGCACCUAAUAUUGAAUGCCUUGACCUGACUGUUUACACACAACAUUUCUCCAUAUUUUAAAUACAGGCACUCAUACCUGUGUAAAAUCAUUUUUAUUUAAUCAAUACCUAUGCAUAUAAUUUACACAGUAUGUGUGCUGUAAUGUAUCGUAAGGUAAUUCACUAAGUGUACUCAUACACUAUACUGAACUGAAUUGUAAUAUGUAAAUAUUUUUCUAAAAUAAAGAGCAAUUGAGAACUUCA